GGUCUUGUUUCUUUUCUCUGUUUUUUUAGCCCCUCCAUACACCGGACCGUAAACAUAUAUAUGUAUAUAUGUAUGUAUUUAAAAAAAAAAAAAACUACGCCAUCAAGCGCAGCACUAACACAUUACCCCCACCCCAUGCUACCUCCGCGGUCUCUCUCUCAUGUAUUCCGUCUUGAAGACGAUCGUAACAUCUCCUUACAAGACUUGCAUCGGGUCGUUUUGUUUGCAGGACACCGAAAGAUGUUUCUCCUAAAACAUAUAUACACAAAUAUACACCGAAUCUGAAAUAACAAGCCGGGGACCAAGGAUAUAGCGUUGCAUUGUUAUGUAUGCUACGCGCUACAACGCCACAGCAAGCCAGACUGCACCAAAGACACAGCCUCCUUCUAACUGAACAUUGCAUUUCAUAACAAGAUCUGAUUUUUUUUUUGAUGUCCUCCUGUACCUUUUGUUGAAACGGGGGGCUCGGAUCGAAUUGAAUCUUCAGACCUCGCACUGGGUUCUCGAUUGUUAUUAUCGUUUUUUUUGCCCGUGUUUGUUUUUCCAUCGAAGAUUGGAGAUUUCUUUGCGAAGAGAAAUGGAUGACUGAUAAAUACAAAAAAAAAAAAACUAAUAAUAACAAUAAUAAUUAAAAAAGCCCCAGCCGGAUCGACGAGAUGACCAGAGACUGAACUGCGGUGCUGCAAAAGGCAUUUUUAGCUGCAACUUUUUUCUUGUGUGUGUGGUUUUUUCAGUCUCCCUUGGCAAUGGAUGAGUUUCAUCCCUUCAUCGAGGCUCUUCUCCCGCACGUCCGUGCCUUCGCCUACACCUGGUUCAACCUGCAGGCCCGCAAACGCAAGUACUUCAAGAAGCACGAGAAGCGGAUGACCAAGGACGAGGAGCGAGCGGUCAAGGACGAGCUCCUCAACGAGAAGCCGGAGGUCAAGCAGAAGUGGGCGUCUCGGCUGCUGGCCAAACUCCGCAAGGACAUCCGGCCUGAGUGCCGUGAGGACUUUGUGCUCUCCAUCACGGGGAAAAAGACUCCCUGCUGCGUCCUCUCCAACCCCGACCAGAAAGGCAAGAUGCGGCGCAUCGACUGCCUGCGCCAGGCUGACAAGGUGUGGAGGCUGGACCUGGUCAUGGUCAUCCUGUUCAAGGGGAUCCCACUGGAGAGCACGGACGGGGAGAGGCUUAUCAAAGCUGGUCUGUGCACCAACCCCAUUCUCUGUGUGCAGCCCCACCACAUCAGCGUAUCUGUCAAGGAGCUGGACUUAUACCUGGCUUACUUUGUACGGGAAAGAGAAUCCGAGCAGAGCAGCAGUCCUAGAACCAGGAUUGGCUCAGACCAGGAAGACAGUAAUGCAGCCACGAUGGAUGCCCCAGAGUUUCAGGACAGCUUUGUGGCUUCAGGAGUUUUUAAUGUAACAGAACUGGUUCAAGUCUCCAGAAGUCCAUGUUGUGUACCCACAGCCCCAGUGGUGACGGGGACAGGCCCAAACUUCUCCCUGGGGGAGCUCCAGGGGCACCUGGCUUAUGACUUGAACCCUCCGGGGGCAGGCUUGAGGAGGACCCUGCCCAGCACCUCAUCCAGCGGGAGUAAAAGGCACAAGUCUGGCUCCAUGGAAGAUGACAUUGACACUAGCCCAAGUGGAGAGUACUACACCUCUCCCAACUCCCCCGCCAGCAGCAGCAGAAACUGGCCUGACGAGAUGGAGGGGGGUUGUUCAGUCAGGAUUUACCGGGAGCUCUUCAAUCCCAGCCUCAUCAUGUCAACGUCUCCUGUCAAAUACGGAAUCUCUCCCACAGUGAAGAAGACUGAGAUGGACAAGUCUCCCUUCAACAGCCCGUCUCCACAGGACAACUCCCCGCGGCUCAGCAGCUUCACACAGCACCACCGGCCCGUCAUCGCCGUGCACAGCGGGAUCUCCAGAAGCCCACAUCCUUCCUCAUCUCUGCAUUUCCCCACUACCACCAUCCUACCCCAGACAGCGUCCACGUACUUCCCCCACACGGCCAUCCGCUACCCCCCACACCUCGGCACCCAGGACCCCCUCAAGGAUCUCGUCUCGCUCGCCUGCGACCCGUCCAAUCAGCAGCCGGGAUCGUUAAACGGCAGUGGUCAAGUUAAAGUGCCCAGCCACUACAUUUCCUCACAGAUGCUGGCACCGCCACCUCCCCCUGGCAUGUCCCGACUGACGUUACCACCCGACACCAAAUCUGCCACGACCACCACAGAGGGAGGAGCGAAUUCUCCAACAUCACCUACUUACUCAGCCCCCGGCACGCCCCCUGCCAACCGUUCCUUUGUAGGAAUAGGACCCCGGGAUCCUGGGACCAUCUAUCAGGCACAGUCCUGGUAUCUGGGCAACUGAAUGCUGCGGAUAACCCUUAGAGAACGGACACAGAUUUGGGAUUUUGUGUGGGGGGGAAAAAUUGUGAAAGAUGCAAGAGGGGAUAUAUUUAAAGAUACUUCAACUCGCCUUUAAGAAAAAGAGGAAUGACAAAGAAGAGGAAGGCGGGAGAGAGAAAAGAAAAAAAGAAAAAAGGUGCAGAAACACUAUCACCCGAGCAACAUCUUUCAGAGAACAACAGUCUUCAGUCUCACAUCUUCCCUGGGCUGCUUGUAUAAGGUGCCACAUUGGUCAUAUAUGCAAAAUGAUAAUCCUUUAUUUUCUUAAAGUAGAAAAAUACUAAUGAUCGUUUUCAAAGUUGCAGAAGUGCAAAGGUAUAGGAACAAUAUGCUACUUUUAAUAGGGGGGGAGGAGAAUAACAGAUGAAAUAUGAUCUAGCCCAAAUAGAGGAAAAAAAAAAAGAUUUUUCAUUAGUUUUCUCAGACAAUCAUGAUUUUUUUUUUUUAACUCAAGUGUAUUAGUUAUUGAUUUUGCAAUUAGUUUUUACUCACUCAUUAAUGAAAUGCUGUCCUUUCUGGGUUUUGCACAGGAAUCUUAUGAAAAUAUAAUGCCUGCGUGUAGCGACUGCUAAUUGUGGUCUCUGUAGGUAGUUGGUGUGUAUGCAUGAUAAGUGCAUCAGUGGCCUGUAUGUACAGUACAAGCACAAAGCCUGCACAUUUCCAGCUUUCUUUAAAACGCUGUCUUGGUGGCAUAACCUGUUCAUUUAAAAGCUGCUCAGUGCAUUUGUAAAUGUUCUGUUCUAAAAAUUUCCAAAUGUAUAUAUUUGCAGGGAUGCCAAUUAAAUAAUCCAGUCUAAUAUUCUGUGUGUGGAUGCUCUGAGCUGUCCAUGCCAGUUUUUAAAUUGUCCUAUGAUGGGCUGUGCAUUAGAGUCAGGCGGUCCGCUUAAAAACCUGGCAACCUUGACUAUAACACAACACAAUAUUCACAAGCCUGCAGCUGCAGUCGGGAUCACAUCUAUUGUAGACACAGUCUGCCGUAUUAGACUUACAAUAAUGCAGUAGCAGCUAUUAACUGGGGUUAUUGUACUACUAUGAAGACAUGUGGGGUAUCAUGUUAAAGGGCAAGAAGCACUCGUUUGACUUUCGUUUGACCUUUUUGCUGCGAUUCCAGCUGGAGGCUGUCGAGCCAGCCUCUGAUGUGUCAGGGUACCUGGUCAGAGGAGAGGAACAAUCCAAGUACAUCAGAGAUUUCAAAAUCAAGGGGACCGAUCAUUUCAAUGGUUCUGGAUCCUGAAAGCCUGUGGGACACCCAGAAAACACCCAGGCUGCUUUUAAAGAAGCUUGAUUGUGUAGGGCUGAAGCAUCUUCAGCCAGUCAUUCACGCGGGGGGUGGAAUCGCUUAGAAAUGUCACCUGAGAGCAAGCUGAUUUGUUAGUCUCCCCGAGUUUCAAGGAGCUUCAGCAAUAGUUGGGAAGAAAUGAGCAAAUUUAGGACUAAACAAUAUGCAAACGUGCUUCUUUGUUCUUUAACGUGGAAACGUCACAAAUUCUAGCAGACAACCACCAUGAAAAAGACUGGACAUGGGGGCCAGCUCUCCCUAGCCUCAGCCGCUUGCAGGUUUGACUGUUGCUAUAGGAACUUGCAAUCUGGUGCCUUGGCAUCAUGCAACCAGAUUAUCGUCAGCUGGGUAUCGUAAAACCUGACCUUCACGCAGUCAAUAUCAAUAACAUUCAUCAGUAAUAUUUAUAUGGUUUAAUAAGGGCCAGUGCUGUAAUAUCAGGGCCCUCUUCACAAAGCCUGUGUGUUAUUGGGAACAGGGCCCAGUAUUUCAGUCAAGGGGAUGUCAUUUCCUUUUAAACCAUGAUGUAACCAACACCCUUCUCAAGGGUUAUGAAGUAGAAAAGCACUAGCCAGGUAUUAUUCUUUACAGUACAUUUGAAACAGAGGUGCCGUUGUAUCCCUCUGUUGCUAGGAAUACUGUUACAUUUAUUUCGGUGAUGCAGAGUAUAAAGACAUUUACACAGCUGACUCAUUUUGUCAGGGCAGUAUCCCACCACACUAUGUCAAAACAUCAGAGCUGUCCAACCACUAUGAACCACACCAGUGACCCUGCAAAAACACAAAUCAUAUGCAAACGUUUACGUGAGCAGACUGUAAAAUCUGAACUGAACGCGACACGAAGCAACAACACUGAAAAACAGAUGGCGCUUGCAUCAGGCUUUUAUAAUGGCUGUUUGCAUAGGACUCAUAAACUUGCUGUAUACACUGUAGUGGUAUUAAUAGGAGGAUCAAUAAAUCGCACCAGCAAGAAUAAUGAAAGGUAUGUUUGCAGGUAUUAAGACCACACACCUUGAUCGCUAUAUUGUUAAUUCAGCUGUAAAACACCGGGUUUUGUUGUGGGUGAUGAAUAGCAAAAAGAAUGUCAUUUUCGGUGACCAGCUACAGUUGAUUGGUUUAAGCAGUUUUCGUUACAUAAUGAAAGGUCAUUGGUUGGACAGCCUUGUGAUGUAUUACUCAGUAGUUUGCACCAUGGGAAGAAUCCUUAGGCUUGUAAAGGUUUCUACACUGUGGGAGGCACUCAAUCCCUAUUAGUUGCACCUAUUCUAUUUCACCAGUGAGUUUGUAAUUUAAGAAUCCUUACUUAUAUUUUACGUUUUUAAAAUUCCCGGUUUUAGUAGUAACCCCCCCCCCCACCCCCCCCCCCCACCCCCCUCGUUUCUCAGCGUUCCGUUUCCAUAUUCAACAAUCCCUCGUUCUGGUUGAUGUAUUCAGUAGAGUAGUUUGCAGGUUUUGCAUGACAGUGGCGACUCCUAAUGAAACCUGUGUGUAAUGGUGCAAGAUCGCGAGUUGCUGCAGUAUUAGGUGUAAAAAAAAAAAAAGUUAUUUCCAUUGUUUGUUUUUUUUAAUAAUUUUUUUGUAGUAUACAUUUCUUUGAAAAUGAAAGGCAUUGCACUACUAUUUAGAUGACUUCUUUAGCAGCUACGAUUUUUUAUUUGUGGAUAAUCAGAAUAGAUUUUUUGUAGAUUUUUUUUUUUUUUUUGGCGGGGGGGGGGGGGGGGGGGGGUAUAUUAGAAUGUCCACUUUCUUAAGCUAUACAAGGUCGGAAAUGUUUUUCACGUGCCCUUAAGUUCUAGAUACAGCUAUAUAGCUCUAGAUAUGUAUAUCAAAUAUCUAUGCAUUCAUGCGAGUUUCCAGUACACAGAACCGCACCGGAUUUGGAAGUAUAGGACCCCGCGGAUUGCCAGCCGCAUUGGUUAGACCCAGGCGAGUUUUUUUUUGUAAUAUACUUUCCAGUUCAAUGUGUCUCAAAAGAUGUGGAAGCCAACGAGGCAAGUGCAAUCAGAACUACCAACUAUUUUAUAGAAGGUCCACUAACCCCAGGACUGUAAUUGCAGGGGUUUUUAAACUUGUAUUUGAUUUUUCGCAAAGCGAUUAUUUAGUUAAAUAAGUGCCCCCCCCCCCCCUCCCCUUCCCCUUGUGUAAGAACAGAACAUAGAUGCCUUAGUCAAGAAUGAGAUUGUUCUGAGUGUUCUUUAUUAUUAAUGAUGCUCUGGUUUAGGGUAAGACAGUUUUGCCGUACCGUGUAUUGUUUUGUUUUUGUUUUUAAAGAGAGAAUAUUCGAUAUGAACUAUCUAGAAAAAUGAAGCAGUGAUGCAAGGCUACAUGCGAUAUCUCGCACAUAGGGUUAAUUCCGCGUUCUGUGCGCUGGCGUGUUUAAAAGUUGUUUAUGACAGUAGGGGGCGCCAUUGGGGCCGUAAUAGUUUGUCAGGCAACACGAGAUACUGAAGACUAGUUAUAUCAAACCCAGUCGUUAGUCACGAAAAGUGCCUAUGAAACAGCAGGAUUAUUUUUUUUUAAAAAGCUGGCAGUUCAUUAGCCCUAUAUUGACAAAUACUACUUUUAACUCAUUAAGCACCGUUGUCCUCGUUUGAGGACAGGCUACUUUUUAAUUUUUAGGAGCGUUUUUAAUUGACAAUCUACCUGGUAUUUUAUUUUUCUCUUUAACUAUAUUGUUAUGAGAACUUCUCUGAUUGUCUACAUUCUAAACAUAAAGUAUCAAAUGACAGAAAUAGAGCUUGUGUUCUGAUUUGGUACUUAACGGGCCAAUGCAGCAGUCGCUCAAACCUCAAACGUUGGUCUCUGACUCGAGACCGGUGAAGCGGAAACCAUGAAAAUAUCGGGUUAACAUUAACAGUAACGAAAGGGGGUUGAAAAAGAGAAACGGUGUGGAGCACACGAGUCACACCCUGUUUCAGUUCGAUCUUUUAUACCCUUUUCUAACAGGAGUCUCGAUCAGACAUUUCGAAUUUAAAAAACACGACAAACAGUAAACUGAGCCCUGUACUCGUGCUUUUAGUGCUAACAUAAUCAAACUGACACAUAUCAUAUAUAUAUAUAUAUAUAUAUAUAUAUAUAUAUAUAUAUAUAUAUAUAUAUAUAUAUAUAUAUAUAUAUAUAUAGUCUUUAAACCGCUUUUAAACAAGUAUUGUCCAUCCACGCUGGUUAUUUUUUGAUAACCCACCGCUAUGCUACUACAAACUUUAUCAGUAAAGACUACUGCACCCUAGACUUGUAUUUAUUAAUAGAAUACAAAUUCUCAUUGCAAAGGUGCAGAGACAAAAUAAAUAAAUAAAUAAAUAAAUAAAUAAAUAAAUAAAUAAUGCAUGGUGCUUUCAACAAGAAAUCAUGUAAUUUGCCGGUGUGCGUGUGUGUGCGCGCAUGGCAGAUUGGUCCUUCAGUCGACUACCGCACCCCCGGGCCCCCUUUUCAAAAUCCUCGAGGCCUGUUUUGUUUUUCUUUUUUUUUUCCUGUUGUUUUACUUUCCUCUGUUUUGCACGAGAUUUUUUAUACCACAUUACGUGCCUUGCCUUUGAAAAAAAAAACAAAAAAAAAACUUGUAAUCAAUUUCACUGAACAAACAGAUGGGAGAAAAACGCAUGUGUGAUUGCUUGUCAUUUAACAGAAAUUGCCAUUUGUAAAAUAUAUAUAUAUAUAUAUAUAUAUAUAUAUAUAUAUAUAUAUAUAUAUAUAUAUAUAUAUAUAUAUAUGAAAAAGGGGUUUUUAAUUUCAUAGGAUAUUCUAGUGGCACUUAACAGUAUUGGGAUGUGUUGUUUUUUAAAAAAAAAUCUAUUUGUUUUGCCAUUACAUAGAAUCAUUGCUUCAUUGUGAAAUCAAUUGUUGUUCUUAAAUGGUUUUCCCCAUACUUGUCUUCCAGCUUAUAUAUUGUAAUAAUAUAUGAAAAUAUGCAAUACCAGUUUUGUCUGUAAUGAUAGAAGCACUUAUCUAUGGUAAAUUGUGUUUUUUGGGUUUUUUUUUUUUUAGCUAAUACACAGCAACUACAAAAUUACGUUUUUAUUUUUAGUUGGAAUUGACCAAACUGGGCGCUGCGCUCUAUGCAGUUAGAAAGGUCCUUACCCUAAAAAAGACUGAAGUUUGAUUUUUAUCAUUUUUUGUAUUGUGAGAGGGCAAAUCCCAUACAGUUCAAAGGUCAAGGGUUAAUAAUUGAGGGAGGGAAGAGUAGGAGAGUCUGUGAGGCACUGUGCUGGUCCAAUCAGUUUUGAGGGCUCCUUUUUUAAUUUUAAUUUUCCAAGCACAGUCGUUUAUUUCAAUUUCUUGCAAACAAUAGCAAAGAUGCUACAGGGAGAUACCCAGCAGAGCAAACUGGAGCACACUGCGUCCUUGCUGGGUCUCCUUGUGUUACUUUGAUUGUAUCUCCGCUCUUGAGCUCUGGAAAGAACGUUUUUGUCGAUGGCCACCUCUCAGAGUUAAACCCGUCAACUGAAAAGCUAAUAUACUGGAUUUACUGGAAACCAGUGAGGAUAAGCUGAAUUCAGGAGAACUGAUACCUGCACUUGUGUCAGCCUUGUUUUAGAAAAAUGACUUUGCUGGGUGUGAAUUAAUUCUAAUGCUAGAUCUUGGUUUCCUGUCAGCAUUCACUUCCUGUGUUGCAUGUAAUAGCGCCCCACUUAUUAAGGCUGGUUCAUACUUCCAGUUUUUGACGUUGUGCGACGCGACCAGCUGGAGCUCACAAAAAUUCAGCUUUGGAGACCAGCUUUGCUUGAAUUGCCAGUCGCACGACUAGAGGGAGUAGAAAUCUUCCACGGUGACAGUUGCACGAUGGAAGUAGUCUUAAGACCCUCCUGCAACUCAGGAACUGAAUAAACAGAGAAAACUGAGUUCCGCCUUCAGACCUGUAGGUUUGUGGUGAAAUGGCUUCACCCAUGUCAAAAGAGGAAAUCAUUAGCAGUAAAAAUGUAUCCAUAAAUCUGCAUGGAUUUAAUCAGGGGGCUUUAGCAUUUUGGCAACAGUUUCUGGGCUUCUAAAAACUUGCUAACUUUCAAAGACCCAGUGGGGUCUUUUGGCCCAUUCUUACAUAAAUUUAUGGUCAAAUUUAGAUUUUUAUUUAGGAUUAUUGUGUUUUUUCUUUUCUUUUUUUUGUCGUUGUUGUUUUUGAUUGUGAUAGAGUUAAAAACACCUCUCCCCCAGCUAGGGCUGACACAGUCGUCAGCCUCGUAUUUUUUAUUUUCUUUAUGAUUAACUUGAUCUGCAGAUCUUAUGUUAUGCACUAUGAGUGGUAGAAAAUCUUUUCCAGGUCACAAGACAAAUUCUUUCCCAAGAACGCAACCUCUUCAGUUCCAAUUGCACUAUUACCAGCCAGACAAAAGUGCUUCACGACUCACAGGCUUGUUUUUACUGUUGGCUUGAGCUGUUCAUCGAAGAAGCUUUUUUUUUUUUAAUUUUUUGCUUUGUCUUUGACAGCUCUUUUGAGAUUGUACAUAGAGGAUAAAACAAAAACUAGAGAAUUAACAAAGCAAUAGAUUCAGGGGGUUUGGCAAGGCAGCGUAGUUGAAUGCUUCUUGUGCCUGGGGAGGGCAGUAGUGAGGAGGGGGGGUCGGGGGGGGGGGUGUGACAUUUCUCCAAGCUCUUUUCUAUGUUGUGUGAAAGGCUGUCAGACUAGGGAGGGGUGUGGGGGCUGGGAUAGGAAAAGACUAUGUUAUUUGUAAGAUGUAUAGUUUUGUUAAAUACAAUUUACCUAAUCUACCCUGUUUGUAAGAUGACAAAAAAAAAGAAAUACGAUAAAAAAAAAAAAAAAAAGUACAAAAAAAAAGUUCCAUUACACUGGCUUACAAGAUUGUUUAGCAUUAUGUACCAUUUUUAGACUUUCUUGGUGACAUCAUUGGGUUCUGCAGUUUAAAAGUUUACACAGUAAUCCAAACUACAAAAAAAAUAGAUUUUUUUUUUUAACGGUUUUGCAUAUUCAGUAUAAGGCUACUGAUGCAAGAGCCAAUGUACACAGAGAACAAAGCAAAAUCCUGGAGAAAUGUCAUGUUUAUCUUCAUAAGAAAAACAAACAGGUGUUUUAAGGAGUGUUUUACCUACAAGCAGCUUUUAAAAAAAAUUUUAAAACCACAAGAAAAAAAAAAAAAAAUUAGCAACUAGUUGAUUUGUAAGCGCUUAGCAUGACGAGAGUUUGAGAAAGGGGUGUUUUUUGUGUACUUUGUUGUAGGGCUGAGAGAAAAGGCCAUGUGAACUGUUAUUAUGCAAUGUACAGUCUUGUUUCUGCAAUUGACAAUGCGAUGCUCUGUAGAUAUUGUUUACAUGCCUGUCUUAAGACUUGACGAUGACAGCUCCCAUACUCCACUGCUGCCCCUGUCGACAUAACAGAAGGCCUUUUAAGAAGGCGUUCUUGACAACCCAUCAGCCACACAAGCAAGAGAAAAUGCUGCCAAUACUCCGCAAGCAACUUUGAUAUUGUUAUACAGGGCGUGAGGUGAGGGAGGGGUGUGUCGGUGGGCCACUAAGCCAUUUUACUUCGUUCUUGUUUUAGCUGACAUGUAAGAGCGACACUACUUUUCCAGUUUAAACCAGGCUACGAUUAGCAGUCCCACACUUCAGCGAAUUACAUUAAAGUGGUUUGCGUCGCUGUAUUGUUUACUCAAGGAGGCCUCCUCGCCUGUAGGUGGCGAUGUUGGCUGCCUCAUUAAUCCAGAUGUCCAUGAGCACUUAGUUAAAUAUAAUUCCCGUUCCACCAAGACGUUAAUAUUGUCUAAUAUGUUAUACAUGCCACUAGAAGACCCUAGAUCUAUACAUAUAGUUUUAAGACUUUAUAUCAUGCACUAAGAAAAGAAAAAACCCUCAAUGUGACAAUCUUAUGUUAAAAAAACUUUUACAGUAGGUAAAAAUAAAAAAAAAACUAUAUAGGAUGUAGGAUCAAAUUGAGGAAAACACUACAUUCAAACUAGAUCUAAACUGAAGCACGGCAUAAUUCCAGGUAAUGUGAUUUAAAUGGAAAGGCUCUUAGUUCCUGUCACGCUCACCCACAAACUCAGUUCCCCACCACAAGCCCUGUGAGAAUUUGCACUGUUCCACACUUCCUUCUUCGAUAACAAUAACGCCUCACAGGGGCGCCCCCUGGUGGAGCAGUGGGACGCUUGCCAUCGUCAAGUGCCACAGCAUUAGUGAAGCCAACACCGUUCGUUAGGUCAAGGUGCAGGUUUUAUUGUCAUUUGUACAACUUGAGACAGACUAAGAACAAGAAAUCAAUACGGGAUUUCACAGACCCGUAUUCCAAGAUGUGCCAGUUGCUUCAGUUAGCCUGAAGGGAAUAUGCAAAUCCCAUCGCCGUUUCUCCAUUAUCCAUUUCUUUUUUUUGUUGUGUGAUCUUUCUUCCUUAUUUUGUUUUCACAACACAAGGCAUGUCAUGGCCAUGUACACUUGCAGAUUGCACUAGAUAUACUGGUAUUGAUGUUUCAUGUCACAAAUCUUCACUCAAGUUGUGAAUCUCCAGAAAUAUCUUUAAAAUGUGUACCUUAAGCAGAGAUUGAGAGGGGAGGGAGGGGGAAGGGGAAGAGAGAGAGAUAAUUCAAGCAGUUUUUGUUUUUUUAAUGGAACGGUAACAGGACUACCGAAGUGAGGUAGCCAGUCCUCUUUUUUUUUUUUUUUUUUUUGCAGGCUGUUGCAGAUUUUAUUUUGGUUUAUCGGACUGGGCUGGCAAAUGCAUUUGCUUGUAUCAAUCGUUGACAAUCAUAACAGCAGUCUGCAUUUUGCUUUGCCUUGUUUACAAGAAUGUGGUAGUGCUGCAACCAGCCCAGUUCAAACAGCUGGUGAGUGAGAGAGAGAGCUGAGAGAGAGCUGAGAGAGAGCUGAGAGAGAGCUUCAAUGCGCAUUCACCUUGAGAUGUAUUCCAUCUGUGGGAAUGUUUAUAUGUCGAGAAAAAUCGCUUUUAUUGGGAAAGACUUUUCCACGCCUGUCACUAAAAAAAAUAUAUAUAUAUUUAUAAUGAAUUGGUCAAAAAAAAAAAUAUAUAUAUAUAUAUAUAUAUAUAUAAUGUGUGGGGAAAAUGGUAAUUUGCAUCCAAAUUUAUUUUUAAUGUUGACAUACAAACCUUGAAUGCCUAAAAGGUAAUUCAGGUUUAUCUCUGAAUCUCCACAUUCAGCCUAAUCUUCAAUAAUUUGGAUUGGCAAUAGUUACUUGUAGCAGGAAUGCGUUUCUUUUGGUUAUUUUCUUCAAAGUGUAAUUUAAAGGGUGACUAUGCAAAUGAAGAUGUAACCAAAAGCCUGCUCCAGAAGCAAAUCAUGGUUUAAAGUACAGAGUGUGUUUCCUAAAUGCGAGCUUGGAAGGAGGUUUUUGGAAAUGGUCCUCCAAACUCAAGGGCUAUAUACCCAGUCUUUUCACAAUAACUCUCCUUUGCCUCAAAAAGCCGUUGCUCUUAAAGGGGGUGUAAAUAGAAGCAAAUUCCAGGCUUCUUGUUUUGUGGUGACUGUCGAACCCGGCGCGGCGAUCAAGCAACAAUAUCAUUAAGCCAGUCCCUUCAACAGUUGCCAGAACAGGUUGUGUUAACAUUGCCUUUUUGUUGUGUUGCUGUUUGGAGAUAGCAGUGAGGUACAGCUUGGGCAGGGGGCUGUACAAUGUCAACCCAGAUCACAACCUUAAAUUGAUCUAGGCCUCGCGUUCUUACCAAGCCAGAGGCUAGAUAUCAGAACGUUGCACAUUUCUAACUGUUCUGGUGUAUUUGGUGCUAUAGGGAGAUUUUCCUUCUGGGGUCAUUGUCAAAGGCAGUCUAAUGCUACCCUGAAAAUACCAUCUGUCAAAAAAAAUAUAUGUAGUCAGAAUGGACAAACAAUUGGCACGUGAUUUAUAUAAGCAUUAUUUUCAGACACAAACACAUUGUAAUGAGUUAUUCAUCCAGACUUCCAGCUUGUGGGUUUAUUAAAUAACUCUUUGUUGAUCUUUUUAGGAUGGAUUUAAACUUAAUAUUGAGGAAAGCAUGGACCCCCCCCCCCCCCCAAUCCAUUUCUCAUUUGGUUGGGGUAGCAUUAGAUUCCACUAGGCCUUGUUGUCGUGGCAACUGCAAGCAAUCAUUUGAAGAAGCAAUCCUUUGUGCCGCGGUUCCAUUUCAGAGCCAGAGUCUUGUUAUAAAAUCUGCUUUACGGAAUGGCCAUAUGCUCAGCAGACUUUUUUUUUUUUUUUCUUUUUCGAUAAUAUAAUAAUAAGCCAGCAGGAAAAAAAAAAAAUUAUAUAUAUAUAUAUAUAUAUAUAUAUAUAUAUAUAUAUAUAUAUAUAUAUAUAUAUAUAUAUAAAAGAAAUACCAAAAAAUAAUUUCAACAAGCAGUGCCUGUCAUUUUACUGCUGGUUUCUCUUUUUUAUCUAUCCAUUAAUAUAUAUAUAUGUAUAUGUAUAUAUAUAUAUAUAUAUUAUUCGUCAUGAUAAACAGGGCUCGAGGCUAUUCAGGGAUUCACCCUGUUCCGUGGUAUUUCAUUCACUCUGUUUAUUAAGUCCUGUAAACUUGUGUUGUGAUGAUAUGUUCUGUCAAUAAAUGCUUGGAGACACAACAGGCUAAUUCAGUUGCCUUUUGUGUCUUGUACCUUAGAGGCCUGGGUUCGAAGCCAGCUCAAGUAAAACAAAAAUUGUGUUCAAUAUAUAUAUUUCUUUUUUGUUUAAACUCUUCAGCUCUAAAUCUCUGGAACUCACGAGUAAUUAAAAAUGACUCCCUAUCAUAACAAUACAAGUGUUUUAUUUUUAAAGCAUGCUGUUUUCAUUUCUCAACGUGUUUUCAAAACAUGAACUGUUUGAAAAGGAGGAAAGGUCGGAGGGAGGUUUUCGAGAUAUUUCUCGGAGAACAAUGACGCAGUGUUAACUUUUAGGGUUUUUUCUUUCUCAUUAUACUUUUACAAAUAUUACUAUAGUAGUGUAUCAUUUAUCGCUUGCUUGCUGCACAGACAUACACACUACAUGCCAGUGAACAACAUGUGGCUGUUUAGUUUGCACGUUGCAGAAAAUAAAUCUGGCUGAUAUAACUGUAAACAGCAUUUAGAUUUUCUUUACAUUUGUUUUUGUUGUUGCAAAAAUGCUAAAUUUUUAGAAAUCAAUUUAAAAGCACCGCAUUGCAGACUUCCAGAGGCAAGAGCCUUUUUCUUUCCUGUUGUCAGUUGGUGAGUCUUUGCAUGAACUAAAUUACCACUUGUUUUUCAACUGGUGUGCAAAAAAAAAACAAAACAAGAAAAAAAACAGCUUUGACAAUAUUUGAUUAUAUCAUUGUAUUCAG